AUGGUGCUGGUUAUCUCAUUCCUCUUUGCCUUGGCGUGUGGAUUGGUGGCCGCUGAUCCAUCCCCGAGGGAAAGGGUGGUCAAUCUCGUCACCGAGCUGAAAGAACGCAUCGUGGAGGACCGCAGCAACGAACAAAAGGUACGACCUAUACAGAUGGAGAAGAUGUGCAGCCAUGGCGGCCACAGGUGUAUGACAAGUACGCCUGCUGGUGCGAGAAGACGCUCAAGAGGAAGGCCGACACCAUCCAUGCUGCAAAGUAUAGUCAGCACAUAGAUCACCCGCGCGGGAAUUCGUCGGUAUCUCUUUUUCCUUGUCAGGGAGGAGAUCGCCGCAUUGCAGCACCAGGUGCUGGAGACCAAGAGCCGGCUGGCAGUCCUUGCCGCGGAGAUCCAAACUACCAAACAGGUAAUAGGAAGGGCAAUGAAUCUGUGUGAUCUGCGUUACCGGGAUGUCAGGAGAUGACAGAGAUUGCCAAUUCUCGGGAGGACGCGACAGCCCUACGCAAGAGGGAGAGCGAGGAAUAUAUGCAGGAGCAGGCUGGUACUGCAACAAAUGUCACAGCAGAUUGGCCGUCAUCUUUUUCAUUGGUUCUCCGUUUCCCCCACGUCAGAGCUCAACGAGGCCAUCGCAGCGCUGGGCAAGGCAAUAGAGGUGCUGGGAGGAGUACAAAGAAAACCCCAGCAAGCAGAGCAGGAGACGGCGUUCCUCGCCACCCUACCAGGUGCGCAAUAGCUCACAGACGCUCACCCAUGUAUCAUCAACAGCAUCAUUUCAUGUUGUUGUGGUCGUCAUUUAUCAGCCAUCCGUCACGCGCUGCAGCUGCCCGCCGCAAAAGAGAUGUCCAGCGCCAAGCUGCAGCUACUCAGCUCCUUCCUCGCCUCAACUAUAACAGGAGUAAGACUGCCUCCUUUUGUCUAUCUGCACUCAUUGUCAUGUGCAUGUGUAUUGGCGUUUCCGCGCCACAUGAUCAGCCAAUCGCCAACAUUUGGGGAUUCUGGCCCGCAGUCAUCGACCAUCUUGGGCAUCCUCAAAAGCAUGGACGACACUUUCAAGGGAAACCUCGUUAGGCUAGAAAAGGUGAGUAAAAGGCAUUUACUGAAGCCAUGGGCCUCGGAAAAUCCCUCCCUGCGUGUCUGUCGGCCUGUGCAGCAAGAAAAAGCCAAGCAGGAGCAGUACAAGGUCUUCCUGCAGGACACAUCUAACCAGCUUAAAAGCCUUGAAGAGGCCCUGGCCGCAAAGGAGGGAGAACAAGCCGACAAGAUGAAAGCAGAGGUGAGGAAGACCUCGAUAACAAACACCCAAGUAGACCCAUGGAUUGCCCUGUUGCUACAGGCCGAGAGCAAAUCUCAGCUCGCCGAUACAGUGGAGCAGCGAGACAGCGGUAAAAUCCAACACACACCUACACACACACACACACACACACACAUACACAUUUGAUGAAGCUACGUGUGUCUCCCUCUUCAGAUGAGGCGUUCUUCGCAGACGCUGCUGCCGGCUGCAAAAACAAAGCGGACGAAUGGCACGGUAAGCGGCGGGAUGUGCGGCUCGGUUGACGUUGACGUUGGCUCUCGCCUGUGGGUGUCAGCUCGGGAGCAGAUGCGUGACGAUGAGCUAAGUGGCAUCCAAAAAGCCCUGGACUUCCUCGCCUCAGAUGAGGCACAGCAGCUCUUCCUCAGGUAAGACGGCCGCUUACGCGUCACCGGUGAGACAGGAUUGCAUGUAACGCCUUCUGGUCAGGAUCGGCAAGCGACAAGCGCCGGAGCUGCUGCAGGUGUCGGCGCACAUCCGUCGUCACCACACCGCUACCAAGGCGCAGCACAUGUGGGCCCUCAACCAGCUCCGCAACGUGGCAAGGAAGGCGCACAGCCCCCAGCUGGCGCUUCUAGCCCUCCAGUUGUUGUGCGUUGCCCUCCUUCUUCAGCAAGGUCGUUUCGAGAAGGUGCUCAAGGCCAUCAACAAGACACUCAAACAUCUGAAGGUCAGAGGAUUGGACAAAUGCGACUUUUACCGCUAUUCAUGUGUGUCUCUGAUCGAUAUUCAGGACGAGGCGCAGCAGGACAUCAAACAGCGAGACUGGUGAGGCACCAAGGAAGGAAGGAUGGACACCCCGAUCGUUUGGGCAUUGUGAUGCAGGUGUAUAGAGGAGCUGCACCAGACGAAACUGAGCCUUGAAGAGCUGUCACACGCAUACACCAUCCAGUCGUCGAAGAUUGACAAGCUGUCCGCCAAGUCCAACAAGCUGGCGCACGACAUGCAGAAGACACACGAGGUCGCAAAAAGAAACGAAAUGAGGUCCUUGCAGACAUGCCUUUUCCCUUUUCCCCUUUGCAGGAGCUUGAGCAGGUGAAUGCGACGAUCAGUACUGCACAUGACGAUCGCAAUUCUGCCGCAGCGGCAUACAACCAGAGCAGAACUGGUAUGGAAGAAGAAGACCGCAUGAUGCAUGUCUCUCAUUUCAUCGACUCAUCCGUCGCGGUUUGCUCUUUCAGCCAACUUGGCUGCCGUGGAGCUGCUCGGCCACACCAUUUCAGAACUGCAGGCCUUCUUCAAGAGCGGCGAGGGCGAUGUGCCCAGCCCGUCGACAGCGCUGAUACAGGUGGCAUCGUGCCCCCUUCUGUCUAGUAUCCAUUCUCAUCCCUCCCCCGCCUCUCUCUGUCUGUGUAUGCGCGCGCGUGUGUGUGUCGCAGACCCAAAGCGUGGUCCCCAGACACAGAUACUCCCCCCUUCGUCUUCUGCACCGCCACCGUCGGUCGAGUGCACUCCUCCGCCGCACACACAGCCACCGCUACGGUCACCGCAGGAUCCUCGCGUCGAAAGACUACAAGUCUUCCCACAGCAGCAGCAUCAGCAGCAGCCAGGAGCCCACAUUCGAUGUGGAUCCUGACCAGGCACCGGAGACGAAGUUCUCAGACACGAAAUCCACAAAGGUACACAUGCGGACAGAUGGAGACACGGCAAACGAGAGAAUGCAUGAGGCCUUUGCACGCGUGUGGAUGGAUGUGUGGAUUUGUUGAUCCAGGGUCAGACGGACAGUGUGUUGGGCAUGAUUUCCUACGUCAAGGACAAGAUUGAGAGCGACAUCGAGGCGGAGGAGAAAGAUGAGCAGGAGGCCAUCGAGCAGUUUGGCAAGGUCAUGGCCGACCUCAAGACCACCCAGCAGUCACUGCAAGCCAAAUAUGUGGAGCUCGAAGGCGCCAAAGGCAAGCCAACACAACCCAAUCCACACUCACCACAUUCACCUCCUCCCAGGUCUGUGUGUUUGUGUGUGUGGUUGUGCCGGUAUGUAUUGUCUGUGUUUGUGUCGUUGCAGCUGAUGUCGACAUGGAUCUGGGGGAGACGCUUUCAGGCCGCAAUACAACCAGCACCACACAAAGCGACACGGAGACACACAAGAACCAGAUCAAACCUGGAUGCGGUGAGUGCAGUGGACGAGGAUGCGUGAAUGCCCAUCAUUUCCUUCUGUGUCACAUGUUGAAUGAAUGUCAGAUUGGUUGAUGGCCAGUUUCGACGCCCGAGCUCAGCAUCGUGCCGAAGAAAGGGACGCGCUCACAAACGUAAGCACGCUGAAUGAUGUCCACAGCCGGCCCCCGCAAACGGAACGGGUGCAUUUCUCUGUGGCUCACGCUAGGCAAAGUCGGUGUUGAAAGGCGCGUCGAUGGGCAAGGCCCUCCUGCAGAACGACAGAGUGAGGAGCCAGGAAGGCCAUCAAAUGGAUGCGGAGGACGGGGCGGACGACUCCCCGGUCGUAGUGGUGGAGGAGGUGAUUGAAGAGGGGCCACUUCUCAUCAGGGCUCAGCAAUGACGGCCAGUGGUUGUGCGUGUAUUCGACGGACUACUAGGGCAAUGGCAUUGGUCGAUCACUGCCAGAGUGCUGUCUGUCAGCAGUCAGUGCCUGGUGGGUUGGCUGUGUUGCGUACCGUGAACCUGUGCAUGUUCCGAUCCAAUGUCUCUAUCGC